UGCCUUUAUUAUCAACUUUAAGUCUCCUUCAUGGUCAUAAUAAAACGAUUUUUACAACCGUUCCGCGCGAGUGAGAACAGAGGGGAGGGUCUGUAUGCGCGCUCCCGCUCGUGCCCACCUCCUGUCUGCCAUCCGAUCCUUCCCCGGUCUAUUCGCUGACUCAGUGCCUUAAGCAGCAUCACCGAUCACCUGAAGGGAGCUACAGCAUCCUCUGCGGAGAGAAUAAAAGACAUCAGCCAUGGCUAAAACAGCAACUGCGUAUAAAGAGAAGAUGAAGGAGCUGUCUGUCCUCUCCCUCAUCUGCUCCUGCUUCUACCCAGAGUCACGCAACAAGCUUGUGCGUGAGUUUGAAGGAUUGACAGACCUGGAGGUGAAGCCUCUCAACAAGCGGGCCUCUGGCCAGGCUUUUGAGGUGAUUCUGAAGCCUCCAUCUCCAGUGUCAGACGUGGCCCACAACCUCCCCUCUCCUCCCAAGAGGGACAUCUCCUUGGAGGACAUUGAGAAGAAGCUAGAGGCUGCUGAAGAGCGAAGGAAGUACCAAGAGACCCAGGUGCUGAGAGCUUUGGCAGAAAAGCGAGAGCAUGAGAGGGAUGUGUUGCUAAAGGCCAUGGAGGAGAACAGCAACUUCAGCAAGAUGGCCGAAGAGAAGCUGCAGAUGAAGAUGGACCAGAUCAAGGAGAACCGUGACGCCCAUCUUGCAGCCAUGAUUGAGCGUCUACAGGAGAAGGAGAGACAUGCAGCUUUGGUGCGCAAGAACAAAGAGCUGAGGGAAGAGCUGACAGCAUGAGCCUCACACAAACCCUGACUUCCAUGGUCCAUCAACGUCCCUCCAACCAGCCCCGCCCCUUCCUUGCCCCGCCCUCACCUUCCUCAGAACAGACACCCAACCCUGGCAGCCGAGAGGUUCGAAUGACCUCACCAUCACAUCACAACCCACCACACCACCAGUACUCACUACUAUCAGUAUUAUCAAUGGAUACAAGCAUCAGUUACACUCAUCUUGAGAGUUGAAUGGAUUUGUUCAUUUUAGAGAAAAUUAUAUCGCUUUUAUUUUGUAAAUAAUUUUCUUAAAAUCUAUCUAUCUAUCUAUCUAUCUAUCUAUCUAUCUAUCUAUCUAUGAUGGUAGGGAAAGUACUCUCUGUACUGCUCGGUAUGAUUUCAAACAUUUUGUUUGUGAUUGAUAAAUGUUUCAGUUCUUGAAAUUUUGACUCUACAACCAUUUUUUUUGUGAAAGAACUCGGUGUUGUGAGUUGGCUGUAGAUUGACAUUUUGCAGUGUUUCCUGAUGAUGUAAUGAUGAUGAUGAUGACGAUGUUUCUGUGUCUUUGUGAAGAAUGAUGAUUGGUGUAUACCUAGACUGCGGACUCCUCAAGAUAGUGACGUAUCCCAUCCGUAUUUCCCUCACGCACACAUACUCUUCUCAACACGCACGCUUAGAUCUUGAAAAAAAACGCCAAAAAAUCACAGUUUCAUAAAGUGUCCACUUCCUCUUUCAAUGAGCUUGAUUACAAACUUGAUAGGUGCUUUAUUGUUACUAUUAAGAAUGUCUUUGGCUAAUGGGAGCAACUGUUUCUACACUUACAGAUCCCCUGUUACCCUGACAACUUUAUUUCCCAAUGAGGGGAUCUUUAGCCAAAUCAAUAGAAAUCCACACAGUAUUUGGGGAUUUAUCUCUUGAAUGUUAUGACACCAUACUGGAACUUGAUGUUGCUCCCACCUUGAUAUUGACAGUGCGAACCUAACGUAUGUCUGCGUGGGUGUGUGAAUGUGGAUUGAACCACAAGGUAUCACUGGCCUCUGCUCUCUUUGAGGGGUUGAGAUGGAGAAUGGAUGCAGGAUGCUUUACAUUCAGCACACUGAACUAGUCUCUUUUUAAUAUCCAGUAUCACUGAUAUCUGCCUGCAUCCUCUGCUGCUUGUGUUUCUCCCUUCAUAUAUUUCUCUGUGAAAGCUUUGCUGAAUAAAGGUUUGGGAUUCUGUGAACAUAUGGCAUGCAUCAUCUAAUACUUUUCUGUGCUAAAAGUGGAGGGAAAGAUGUAAACUGCCAAAUAAAAGAACCAGUUAUCUACACAUCCUGAGAA